GUAAAUAUCAUACUUUUUUUGAGUGGCCGACUGACUAGGAUCCUACUACCCUCCUCAUUUCUCAAGCCUUUGUUUUACACUUCUACAGUGAUGGCAGUCCGGAAAGUGUACGGAAGCCUAGACUCUCCGGCCACCUUGAAGGUCCUUGCAUGUCUCUUCGAGCACCACCUGGACUUCGAGUUCGUCCCCGUCGAUAUCAGCGCCGGUGACAACAGAAAGAAACCCUUUCUCAACAUGAGUCCCUUUGGUCAAGUUCCCGUGUUUGAAGACGGAGGCUAUACACAAUUCGAAUCAAGGGCAAUAAUAAGAUCAAUGGGGCAUCAAUAUGGGAAGAAAGGAGAAGAGCUCAUCUUUUGGAAUUCUCAGAAGCAAGCCGUUGUGUCCAACUGGAUUGACGUCGAGGACCACAAGUUCGAGCCGCCGGCGCUGGAGCUCAUUUCCGAGCUGCUUAUCAAGCCCAGGAAUGGCUUGGCUCCUGACUUAGCAGUGGUGGCCAAAGCUGAAGCUCAGCUAGCUAAAGUCCUGGACGUGUACGAGGCUCGGCUGGCUGAGUUCAAGUACUUGGCGGCUGACAACUACACCAUUGCCGAUGUACUUCACCUUCCCAACUUGCAGGCCCUCAUGGAAACUCCGGCGAAGAAGCUUAUAGAAUCACGCGCUCGUGUCAGCGCGUGGUGCUCCGAGAUCUUGGCUCGACCUGCUUGGGCCAGGGUGGUGGAGAUGAAGCUCAAGGCUCAUGCUUAGCCGCUAUGUUUUUUUUUUUUUUUUUUGGGGGUCUCUCAUAAUAAAUGUACUUUAUUAAAA